CACCCACAGACCCACCACAGCUCGCCUCGCAGCCUACCACUUCUGUGACCCAGUGAUGCGAAGGUUCCAACACGCCAUUCACGGCGGGACACUACGCCGCCAAGCGGCGGCUCUGUCUCUGUCACUUACUCCUCCGCCCCGCCGCCCUUCCCGUCGCGCAGCCGCGCAUCUCACCAUCGCCGCUGCGGCCGCGAGUCAUUGCGGCGGAUCGACCGCGCAAGCCGGAUCUGCGCAUCCCGCGAUCCGCGCUCACGUAUUAACGGCGCAGAUUCGCCGCGGGCGUAACGCGGGCGGAUCGGCGGUCCGGCGGCGGAUGGAGGGAGAUGGCAGCGCGCUCGCCAACGCGUGCGAGACAGCGACGCGUGCGACGUGUGUAACACGUGCCACAUACAAUGCGGACGGCGCACAGUCGAACGACGCGCCGUCAGAAGUAAACGGCGUGGAGCAGACGUCCGUCAAGUCAGCGGAGGCGGAACAAACUGACAGACAGGACGUCGUUGACGGUUUCCUUCACCAAGUGGGCGAGCUGCUCCGUUGGAGUGAGGAGCAGCCGCCGGCGGGGUAUCGACCUAACGUGGGACUAUGCGUAGUUAACCCAGAGGGCCUGGUGCUGGUCGCGUCGCGAUUGGACCAACCCGACACGUGGCAGAUGCCGCAGGGCGGAAUAGACAUGGCGCGCGGCGAGGGCUUGUGGGAGGCGGGGCUGCGCGAGCUGCGGGAGGAGACGGGCAUCGCGGCGCACUCUGUGCUGCGCGUGGGGGAGAUGCGGGAGUGGCUGUGCUACCGCUACCCCCCAGCAGUCAUCCCCCGGCUCGCACAGCGGUGGGGGAAGGAGUGGCAGGGGCAGGCGCAGAGAUGGCUGCUGCUGCGCUUCGAGGGGUGUGACUCUGAGGUGUGCUUGGCAGGGCUGGGGGGCGAGUCAGCGGAGUUUGGCGCGUGGCAGUGGAUGCCGGCUGCUCGGGUCAUCUCCAUGGCCAACGGUCUGAAGCGGCCAGUGUACACUGCAGCAUUCAACAGGUUUGCAGAGAUCAUGGGCAAGCCAGAUUGGCUUUUAUAACUCGAGAAGAUAACUUCUCACCUCCUUGCAUUCUGUGGCGGUAUAUGUGGCAAGGUUAGUGCAGAUUUCCAUGGUACAAGGCAAAUGUAGUA